CUCACUGGUUCCUACCACCGUGUGAACAAAGCAUCUGAUGCCAAAGCUGGCCAUAGGCAGUAAAUGAAGGCGCACACAAGCAUUGCACCCCCGCUCGUCCUUCCCCGUCACUCGUGAUGAAGCUCUCGCUCUUUCUCGUCUCAACAGCUGGUCUGUGGGUGGCUGCCAAUGCAAACAGCGUAAACAACAAACAAACCAAGAAUGACGUGUGCACCCAUCCCUUCGUGGACAUCAACGGCCGCUGUCUGUUCGUCAACAACUUCGCCCAGAUGGACUGGGACGCGGCGCGCGCCUUCUGCGCCGGCUUCCAGGGCGACCUCGUCACGCUGGACGAAGCCAACCUGCUCGCUGACAUCGUCGACUUCAUCUACAAAGAAGGGCUGACGGAUCGCAGCUACUGGAUCGGCGGAAGCGCCGGCGCGCAGACGGGCGCUUUCGUGUGGCCCGACGGCAGCCUUGUCCGGAUGGGCACUCCCUGCUGGGGCGUCCUCGACAACAUUCAGCGGCCAGGGGCAGAGCCCAACGAGAAAUGCAUCGCUCUUAACAAAGACAAUUUCUUCUUUUUCGAUAAUUUCAACUGCGAAGGAGAAAUUUCAGUGAUAUGCGAGUACAAAUUUCAGAGAGAGAACCGAUGGGCGGAGGGUGGGUGUGCAACAAUGAAGUCCUCGGCUGUUUUCGUGUUUUUGGCAGCUGCCCUCUUGGGGAGCGAUGGGGCGACGGAGGCCGGAAGCCACGUGAAAACAGAUGUGUGCACCCAUCCCUUCGUGGACAUCAACGGCCGCUGUCUGUUCGUCAACAACUUCGCCCAAAUGGACUGGGACGCGGCGCGCGACUUCUGCGCCGGCUUCCAGGGCGACCUCGUCACGCUGGACGAAGCCAACCUGCUCGCUGACAUCGUCGAGUUCAUCAGCAAGGAAGGGCUGACUGAGCGCAGCUACUGGAUCGGCGGGAGCGACCGAGCGCUGGAGGGCGAAUGGACGUGGACUGACGGCUCUUCGGUGCGCAUGGGGACCCCCACCUGGGGCGCCAACGGCCAGAACCAGCAGCCGACGGGGGGGAGCGAAGAGAACUGCGUCGGCCUCGACAACGCCAACUUCUUCUUCUUCAACGACUUCCCUUGCGUCACCGCAAUGUCUCUCAUCUGCGAGCUCAAGCUGUAAUGCGUGGUCCGUCGCCUGAUUUUAGUGUCACAUUUUCAUCCUUGUUUCAGAUCUCCGAAGAUAAUGGACUUCGACUUUCUUCAUUUCUUUCUUCAUUUAUAUCUGCCAAGGUAAAACUAUUCAAGCUGUACAUGUCUUAAAGAAAGAACAGAUACGUACAUUUCCAAUGUAAAAGGCAUUAUAAAGGGAAUCUGUAUAAGUCUUCAUAUUCCAAUAAAAAAGAAUUCUAUACAGUU